UUAACAAAUAUCUUGAUACAACAACUCAAAUAUAUAGUUACAAAGAAUCGAAUAAAUAAAUACUUCAUGAAAUAUGAAAUAUACCAUUAAACUAUUUUGCCAUAUGGUAAAAACUUAUAUGUAAACAUAUAUGAAUGUAUAGAUGUUACCAUGGAAAUAAUCUAUCCUAAAGUCUUUACUUACCAACGAUAAUAUCGGUAUUCAGCUGUUUUUAAUGGCUUUAAUAAUUUAAAGAUUAUUAUAUUAAACAUGUGGUGGGGAUAUAGUCCAGCAUUAGACAUACAAUUCGAAAUUAAUAAACAUGAAACCAAUUAUCCAAGUGAAUAUCUCGAGAUAUUAAUUGUAGGUGCUAAUGAUGCAAGACAUAUCUUGAAAACAUUAGCAUCAUCUUAUUUGUACAAUGAUCGCAUUGUUAUAUAUAAUGUAGUCGAAUCAACAUUGGAACAAGUUGCUAGAUCUAUUCUCUUAUUAAGUACUUGUUUAGAAACAAAUUUGGUAAAAAAUUUUGUUUGUUUUAAUACAAAUACCAAAGGAUUGCAAGAGGCAACUCGCUAUUAUUUAGAGAUAUUUGGAAAUACAUUAAUAAGGCCUGCAACAGCUAAAUAUUUGAUAAAAUCAUGCAAUCAGUUGUCAAAUAUACCAACGAAUACAAUUGAUUGUCCUUGGUUAAGCUUGGAACAGUUCAAGCAUAAGGAUAGAGAUCAAUUGCAAGCAAUUUUUAAAUUCUGGGCACAUGCAGCAUGUGACAAUGUUCCUAUUGUGGAGUAUUGGGAUCAAAGAGUUAGAAAAUCAUUAAAAACAAGAUAUGAUUAUCGGGAAGGCGUUUUUGAUUGGGAUUAUCAUAUGAUUUUAAAAUCUAGAGGUAUUUCAAACCUAACAUUGCAGGAAUAUAGAUUUUGGAGAAAUAAUGGAAUUGCAUUCACUUGGUUAGAAGGUGAACCUGUUAGAAGUAAUCCAACAUUGUUAAACAAUAUUAUACAAUAUGGUCCUGGGUUUGUACAUUAUACUUACUUAGGAGACAUUACAAAUGGUCCUUUCUUCACUUGGGCUUUACAGGAGAAAAGGGAUGAUAAUAUCAGGUAUAGAGCAACUGAUAUAGCUGAGAGAGAAAUUAUGAAGCAUAUGUAUGAAAUUAGAACUGGAGGAUCAAUAUGCCAAGAACUUAUUGCAUCGCAUAGAGAUUCUUCUAUCCUAAAUGGCACAUUAGUAAUUGAAAUACCAAAUAAAGAAAUGGAACAGGAAUCAUGGGAAAAAGAGAAAAAUAAAUAUAAGUGGAAUGAUAUAUCUUGGAUAAAUGUCAAAAAUCAUAAAAUAAUCUUCCAUCCUAUUACAUUUUUAUCAACUUCUAAACAUAAAAUGGCAUAUAUUGAUAGAUUUGAUUUCAUUUGGAUGGCUCAUAACAUGGUGAAACAAUUACCUAAUCUUGUACCAUUACUAAAAAAAAAAGGAAUCAUGUUGGUGGAACUACCAAAAUUCCUGGUAGACGUACGAAAUGAAAAUUUACAAAAUUUUGUAAACGAAUUAAAAAGCAUGAUGCACCAUAAUGGAUUACAUGAAAUUAAUGAUAUAAAUUCUAAUGAACAUUAUAUUGCUGGAUUUUCCAAAUAAACAAUUGAAGUUACGUUACUUUUUCUCCCGGUAUCCGAAAUCAAUUAAAAUAGAACUUCUUUAAUAUAAUUUGUUUGAAGUUUUCAAUGAAGUUAAAUGCACAUAUGUAAAUAUAUGUAUGCGUAUAUACAUACAUAUUUACAGAUGCAAUUACGAUUUAAUUUAAUAACAAAUUUUCACUUAGUUUCUAAUUUAAAAUAUAGAUAUAAAUGUAUGAUUUAAUCAGUACUUCAUAGAGCAUUAACAAAAUAUCCAUUAUU